UACUGGUGAACUCAACUCGCCACAAAAAGUGGAUCUUAGUUUAUUCAAUUUAUUCAUACCACUACUAGUCAGUCUCUCCAGCUUUCUUCUGUAUAUAUUUGGCAUGGUGUCAAUGAUUGAAACUGUCCUAUAGUUACUUCAAGAUGUUUUUAGUGUGGAAAUUUGUCCUAAAUUUGUGAGCCAGCCAGUCGUUCUAGAUUGGCCAGCUCCAUGCACUUAGAGAGACAAGCCUAGAGAUUUAAUAACACUGACAAAAUUGUGAAUUUGUAUGUAACAGUUGAGUGAACACCAGACGAAGGUGAUUAUAAGCUUGUUAUAUUUUCAAUAAGAUUUAAAUGAUUAAAUGAUAUGGAACAGUCAUCAAGUGGUAAUAAAUAUCAUUUAUAAUUGAAUUGAAAGUGGAUCCAAGUCCAUCAAUAGUGCUGUAUUCAGUUUGGUGAAGACAAGCUCUCUAUUUGUAAAUAAGUGUUUAAAGGAAUAUCCUGUAAUUAUAAUUAAAAAGGAAACACCCGUUGGAUUUGAUAACUAUUCAUCUGAUGGUUACAAGGAAUGGUAGACAAUGGUAGAUAAAAAUACUUUUUGAAGAAUUGUUGUUCUGCAAGAUAAAAGAUCACAAACAUUAUUGCUUGACAUUGAAUGAAAUAUUUAUACAAAUAUUUAUACAAACAAAAUACAAAAUGAUAAACCAUGAGGACAAAUUGUGUGAUUUAGUUCUGAAUAGUUCUUUACAAACUGAAAGUUCUGCUGUUAUGGAUGAAAUUGAAAGCAGAAAUGAAGGCACCAAAACAUUUUCGUCACCUAAAGCAGUACUGCUUAAGAAAUCUUCAUUUGAAGAAUUGUUGAUGCGUGGCCAUCUUGCCAAAAGUGGAGAAGAUCCAACUUGUGGAGAAAUAAGACCAGAAGAUUUCCCACCUUGUGAUUGUGAUGAUUGUUUCCUGGGUGAUGUUUCUAAACCGGCCAAGAGUCUGCAAAGAAAACUUUCAAGGCAAAGUUCCUGGAAAAAAAUACGAAGUAUUAUCAGAUGGUCUCCUUUUGUACAAGUCUUUAAGAAGAAUCGGUAUCCAUGGAUUCAGCUUGCUGGACAUCAAGGUAAUUUCCAGGCCGGAGAAGCUGGUUCUGUAUUAAAAAAGUUGGAUGUCAGAGAACAGAAAUGUUUCAAGGAAGUAAUGGAUGAUAUAUUAAGACCGUACGUCCCUGAAUAUAGGGGAGAUGUAGAAAGAUCGGGUGAAAUGUAUUUACAAUUACAAGAUUUAUUAUGUGAAUUUAAUUCGCCAUGUGUUAUGGACAUUAAAAUGGGUGUUCGAACAUAUCUAGAAGAAGAAUUGAGUAAAGCCAGAAAAAAGCCAUCUUUACGAAAGGAUAUGUACCAAAAGAUGAUAGAAGUUGACCCAAAUGCACCAACAGAAGAAGAAAAUCAACAACAAGCUAUUACUAAACCUCGAUAUAUGCAAUGGAGAGAUGAAAUGAGUUCAUCAGUUGAUUUAGCCUUUAGAAUAGAAGGUAUCAAGAAAAGUGAUGGUGCAUCAAGUAAAGACUUUAAGAAGACUAAAGGUAGAGAUAAAGUUUUAGAAACAUUAAAGUCCUUCAUAGGCGAAAAUCCAGAAGUUAUUAAUAAAUAUAUACAGCGGCUCAGAGCAAUCAGAAUAACACAGGAAUCUUCAGAGUUUUUCAAGAGACAUGAGGUUAUAGGUAGUUCGUUAUUAUUUGUACAUGAUAACACUGGUAACGCUAAUGUGUGGAUUAUAGACUUUGGUAAAACGGAACCCAUACCUGAUGGUAAAUGCAUUGAUCAUAGGACGGAGUGGGUUGAAGGUAACCAUGAAGAUGGUUAUUUAAAUGGUUUAGACAAUCUAAUAUCAGUAUUAGAAGAAAUUCAAGGUUUAAGUUGAAAGGGACGGAUUAUUGUGUUUGUGCCAAUGUGACUGCGAUAUCCGCAACUGUUGUUAUAAAACAUUCUUUGAUGCCAAGACAUUGUAUGUUUAACACUUUGGAAGAUGGAUAUGACGUGCUGGCACCGUCGUCUGCCACUUUGGAAAUGGUCAACCAGUGAAAAACAGACAAACUAAUUUAAUGGUGAAUGAUUUGACUUAUUAAAGCAGGAUCAAAUAUUUCAUAAAUUGAUGGUAUUUUAUCAUUUCAUAUAUUAUAUACAAUAGUGCAAUGAGACUGCUGUAAAGUGUGUUCUGUCAUAAUGGCAGUGAGAACAAAAAGACACCUCAUAUUACGUGCAUAAUAUUAAUCUCUUUGUUAUAGAAAAACUCCAUACAAUUUUAUUUUCUAAGUUUUCAUAGAUCUGUUUUUUUUUCUUUUGAAAGGUAGAGUUUUAGGCAGUUUGACAAAUGUUUGAUUUUGGCAGUUUUUUGAAUCAAUAUCUUUUCAGUUAAAUAUGAAAUCCAGCUAGGAUUCUAUUUCUACAUAGUACAUCUGUCAUGCAUGCAUAAUGUUCAUAUGUGUCCAUCAAAAUGGUUAGUGUGUCUUUGUAAAAGUUCUGUUCAUGGCAGAAAUGGAUGUUGUUGUAAUAGGGAAACCACUUCCUGUUUAUGUCACAAGGUGGGGUUUCUCUUGCAUGAUAUUAGUUACUACAUGUUACAUAAAAGACACUAAUCAUCACACUUCACAAAAUAUGUGCGCUUGGAAACACUCCCAAUUGUUUUCGCAUGAUCACACACUGAGUACACAUAGAAUCCUAGCUGAAAAGCAAAGAUAGGGGAAGAAAUUAAAAGACAAAUUUUGUAAUUUGUGGUUGUGAUGAAUUCCUGUAAUUACUUAUUUGAAUUUUAUGAUCCGUCCUUAAAUACUAAGUACACAAGUUUUUAAUUGUUAUUUGAAAUACAAAAAAAAAAGGUUUUAUUCCAAAUAGUUCAUUAUCUUUGUUUACCUUUGCAAUGGCUGGGUUCAUUGUUACUGUGUCAUGAAUCUGUAUAAUUUUCUUUGCUUAUAGAAUGCUCACAUUUAUAAUUAUUUAAUUUUGUAAAAUAUUUUGUGUUUGUGUGGUAUUUGUAAUCAUUUCUUUGCUCCAAUACUCAGGUAAAUAUAAAUUCUCCUUUAUUUUAAUAACUGAUGAAUUUUGAAAGUUGCACUAUCUAAAACCUACAUUUAACAAUAAAAGGGUACCAUUCUGUUGAUAUUUAGAUAAAAUGGCGGUUUCCUCUCUGUAUAUUAAUAUUUACAGCUUGAUUUGUUAUUACCUAUACUUAAUCAGUAUUAUAAACUGUUUCAACAAUAAACACAUGUAAUAUGUGAAGAGGUUUUACUUGAUCGUUUCACAAGUAUAUAAACCAUAGGCCAGUCUACCAAGUAGGGUUAAUCUGAUUAAGACACAGAUCCCUCUUCGAUUCUUUUUUGAUAGUUCAAAAUUUUAUUCUACUUGUCAUCAAUAUACCAGGAUCUGGAAGGUUUUUUUUAAUAACCUUCAUUAGUCAAUUAAAUGUUCUGUUGAGUCGAGUUCUUAUCGUGUGACAAGCAGAACUGUGAAUUUUCAUUCAUAUACAUAGAAAACAAGACAAAGCAAAAGCCACUUUUGGACACCAAUGUUGAUUGGUUAAUCGAAUGAUUGACGUCAUAUAGAGUCAAAAUUUGCUUCUAUGACCCCUGGCUCGACCUGCCACUACAACCGGUCAGAUGUAGUGGAGGCCAUCAAAAGUAUAAAACAACGACACAAAAUAUAGAUCUGUAGGCUAUUUUAAUCAGAUUGCAGCAGGUGUGCACUUUUCGGAGCCAACUAAAAUACCAAUUAAAGUGUUUUGCAACAUUAGGAAUCUGGCACUGUUAAGAAAAAUAAAAUUCUAUAUAAGUCAUGCUAAAACAACUGUCAAAUUUACAGUACACUUUAUUUGUAGUGCAUUCCAGAAAUAUUUUGUUUUAUAUAACUUGUUUCCGCUUGACCUCAUUAAUUGUGUAAAAAAAAGUAAAAGUGUCAAUUUGAUUGAAGUUUCAGAAAAGUCGGAAUACUCCUAUUGCAUGUCAUUUUAUUUGAUAUAUUUGAUAGGUUGUUUUGUAAAAUGAAAAUCUGGUUUUGUUUGAAAUGCUAUAUUUAUAAAGCCAAUGUUGAUAUAAUUUGAUUUGCACAAUGCCUAAUAACCAAUCAAUCUAUUGACAUAUAAUUCAACAAUAUGGCUCUUUGGAUAUUUAUUGAUUAUUUGAGGGAAAAACACUCAUUGACAGUGAAGUAAAUUAAUAGAAAAAGUAUAUUAUAAAGAAAACCAGGUUUUAUAUAUCUGUGUUAAUAAUUAAAUCUAUCUAAUAUAUUAUAUAUAUUUGAAAAUUAUAUUGAGGGAUUUGUGUUUUAUGGUACCGUUUGAAUUGGACAUCGAUAUAGAUGAUGAUCCAUAGCGCUCAAGAUGUUAAUGUAUUUGAGUAACUUGUAUUUAUUAUUUUUAUUUGUGGACACCUACAGAUAAGAAUUAUAAUAGACAAAAACAGUAGAUUUAAUUUCAAAACUAUUCUAUAAGUUUUAGGGAUUCUUGAUCUAGUAAAGUUAGAAAAUGUGCCAUAAGCUUUAUAUUCUUAGUAUUCUCAUUAUUAUAAAACAAUAUAUUCAUAGAAAGAUUAUGAAUUUACAAAUUGGUAUGGUAAUUGCAACAGUUAAACAUAAAAUCUUAAUUAGGGCAUUCAUUUUAACACUAUUGAUCUUCCUUGAUUUCAUAUAACCAUUGCAUUUUUAAGAAAUAAACAUAUUAUUUAUUUUUGUAUCCUGAAAAUACUAUCUGGCCCCGGUUUCACAAAGCAUUCUCAGACUUAAAUUAAGAAUUUACUCAGCUGUUUAUGAGAAAUAUCUUUGAUCCAGAAACACAAAAAUCUGCACAUAGUUUCUUAUUGAUGUAUUUGAUACAUUAAAACAAUAAAAAUAAUUAUAAAGGGCUAUAUUCUAAUUAAAAUAAGGUGAAAUUUUUUUAGUAAUGUUUUGUGAAAACGGGACCUGUUCUCAUUUAUCAACCAGGUUGACAGAUGUUAUAAAUCCCUUGUCAUAGAUUGCAUUUAUUAUUAUUAUAUAUAACUGUAUAUAUACCAUUUUCACUUUUCCCCUCUAUCAAUAAACCUAAAGAAAGUGUAUAUAACUCCAUUUAACUAUUUUUCAUUGAAGUUUAUCUAUCAUCACAUUGUUAAUAAUGUCAUCAUACAUCAUUCUUUUAAAUCUUUAAUGAAUAAAUAAAUAAUUUCAUAUAAAA